GUAAAAUGGAAGUGGAGAUCAAAAUACGCUUACCAUCAAGAGAGACCUAUGAGCAAGUCGUAGCUUUGUUCAAAAUUCAGGGUUUACACUGUCGCACUGAGCGCCAAGAAAACUGGUUCUUAGAUGGCUGCGGGGCUGAAUUGCAGAGCGACAAAUCAGUAUUUCGAAUACGGCGGGCGGACAUCAAUGAUCGCUCAGUAAUGAAUGAAGGUUCAAAUGAUGGCACCGAGCAACCGCUUGUUACGUUCACUGCAACUAUCAAAGGGAACGCUCUCCUCACUGACGGAAUAUCUCGAGUAGCAGAGGAAGAACGUUCAAUAUCGACAGAGCUCGCAGAAAGAUUGCUUAGAUCUCCGUCAGACCUUGGGUCGAUGUCGCAAGACCAUCCUCUCCUUGGUAAGCUUGCGGCAAAGCUAAAGCACCCGUCCGACGCCCGUAUUAUCGGAUCAUAUAGCACACUAAGAGAAGUGUUCGAGUGGAAAAGGUGGAAAGUGGAGGUUGACGCUACUGUGUAUACGUUCGGCGAAGCCUAUGAGAUUGAAAUUGAAAGUCCCACCCCAGAGGAAGCAAAAAGAGACAUUGAGGCUUUUCUUCAAGCGAACAGUGUCCCAUACGGAUACAGUCAACGAAACAAAACAGACAAUAUGAGAGCUGGGUCGAUAUUAUAACAAUAGCGUAGUCACUCUAUAGGUCAGAUAUUUAUCUAUUUACAUAAUCAAGCCCUUUAGCUGUGAUAUCAGCACUGAGUA